AUUACCCAGCACCUGCGACACUACUCAGAACCCGUCUUCCAGCGCUACAUCGUGCGCAUCAUCUUCAUGGUGCCCAUGUACUCCAUCUGCUCCUUCCCUUCGCUGAUCCAUCCCAGCCAGGCCAUCUACUGGAACACCGUGCGCGACUGCUACGAGGCCUGGGUGAUCUACAACUUCAUGGCGCUCUGCCUGGCAUAUGUGGGCGGCCCGGGGGCGGUGGAGGUCAAGAUGCACGGCUUUGUGCUGCUACCCUCGUGGGCCGCCGGAACCUGCUGCCUUCCGCCGCUGCCCGUCAACGGCCGCUUCGUGCGGUACACCAAGCAGAUGGCACUGCAGUUUGUGCUGGUCAAGCCCAUUCUGGCGGCGCUCACGCUCAUCCUCUACUCCACGGGGCACUACACGGAGGGCGACUGGGCGCCCGACAACGGCUACCUUUGGAUCACCAUCUUCUACAACCUCACCUACACCGUGGCGCUCUAUGCCCUGCUGCUCUUCUACUUGGGCACCCACGAGCUGCUGGCCCCGUUCAAGCCGCUGCUCAAGUUUGCGCUUGUCAAGGCAGUCAUCUUUCUGAGCUACUGGCAGGGCCUGUUCAUCGCCAUCGCCACCAGCGCGGGCGCGAUCGCCACGACGGAGGAGGGCACCAACCUGCAGAGCUGGCUUUUGUGCGUGGAGAUGCUGCCGGCGGCCAUCUUCAUGCUCUUCGCCUUCCCCUGGUCAGAGUAUGUGGUGGCUGGUGGCAACAUCAGCGGCGGCAACAUCACCCACGCCAUCAGCAUCAGGGACGUGGUGACCGACACGGUGCACCAGUUUGCGCCCGCGUACCACGACUACGUGCUGUACUCGGAUGGCACGCGCAAGCAGGCCACGCCCCCAAAGACAGUGCGCACUCGCACCUUUGUGGCGGGUAGGUCCAGGUUAUAG